CGCGGCGCGCGUCAACCCAAAACAUGUGCCCGCAACACGGAAGUUAACCCAUGAGAUUUCACAUAAUAAACACAUCGUAUAAGGUUGAUUUUAGUUUUCUUUCAUGUUCAUUUUAUUGUAUUGUUUUAAGGUUGCGGUGACGUCAAGAAGCGCGUGCUUGCUAUACAGCAGUUGCAGGGAUGUGUCUGGACACGGAUGCCGGGUCUACAGAUAUGACCCCACCACGGAGAUGGAAAGAUGAAGAUGCUUCAUCACUCCUGCCAGCGGGUUUUCACAGUUUGCCGUUUGUAGGAGGAGCUGAAGGACUGAACAGAGAAUAGAUGGAGAGACUGAAUGAGCAGGUUGAGGAGAGGGGAUGGACCAUCACAGAUGAUGGAGAAAGAGAGGAGGAAAGAGGAGCGAUGACACGAUCACGGACGGAAAGAGAUGAAAGAGAGCCGACGACUGGUGCAGAAGUGGAAAAGGUUCAUUCAGACACCUCACCGGAUUUCCGUCUGGACCGAAUCUCACCCAGAGUUGAGCAGAUGAACGUUUUGGAAACUCCGGCGUCGAGAUCGGCGAUCGGAGCGGAUAACAGAGAUCCUCCCUCUCCCUCCUCGGGCCUGACGGACACCUGGGCUCCGUCCAUCUCAGACUGCGUGCCCUCUUCUACCUCUCCCGCUCUCUCGCUCCUCAGCAUGUCCUCUUCUUCCUCUUCUCUGCCCUCUCUCUCUCCUCCUCUUCCUCUGUCGGUGGAGCUGGACGGCGUGCUGGCGGAGGGCCGGCUGGUGCUGGAUGUGUAUCGGGGCGGAGCAGGAGUUCUGCCGGUGUUAUGGGAGUGCGUCCCGGAGCGGAUGAGAGACCUGCAGUACCUCAGACUGGGCUCCGAGCACGAGGCGGCGCUAGAGAGAGCGCUCGAUGUACUGUUCCGACUCAAACACCUGCGCUCGCUGGCUGUCAGAGGUACACACACUAGCUCUCUUCUUUUAAUGUGUUUAUAUUCCUCUUACGCGAUUCUGUCUCUAACACAAGGAAACCGCUUCCACGACGCCUGCGGUGACCCUCUCCCCGGUCUCCUCACCUCUCUCCCUCCCUCUCUCUCCUCUUUCCUCGUUCAUCUGGAUCUCUCGUUCAACCGCCUCUCGUCUCUUCCGACCUGCAUUCUCUCCUUAUCUCACCUUCUUGAGCUCCUGCUGUGUCACAAUGAGCUGACGGCUCUACCCGAGGGUCUGGGGGCGCUGGUGUCCCUUCAGAGGUUGAACCUGAUGGGGAACAGGUUGGUGGAUCUGCCUCGGGUGGCGGGGCUCCUCCGCGGGCUGGAGGAGCUGGACGCGUCCUUUAACUUGCUGGAGGGUGUUCCGGAUGAACUGGGACAGCUGGAGAACUUGCACACGCUGGAGCUGUCCAAUAACAGACUCAGGGUGCUACCGGAGAGUUUGGGAUCACUCCAUUCUCUGAGGCAUCUAGUAAUUCAGAGUAAUGAUUUAAGAAGCAUUCCAGAAAGUUUGCACUCCCUCCCGCUACUUAAACUGGAUGUGCGGAACAACCCGCUGGGUCGCUCCCCGACCCCACCGCCCCUCGCCCCUGUGACACCAGUUUCAGAGGAUUUCGAGAUUCCCGAGCUGCACCUUAAAUACGAUCAACACAGGUUUUCAUUAUCGCCUGCUGGUUGCCAUGUGUUUCUUCCCGGAGGGGCGGAGCUCUUGUUUCCACGCAGAUGUGCAAGCACAGUCACACAGCUCGAGUGGGCGGAGAGGAGACCGGACCGGAAGUGGGUGUGGCUCGGGGAGCAUGAUGUCCUGUUGAGCCACCCGCUAGAGCUCCGCCCACACGGAGCCACGUUUGAGAAGCCGGUAGAGGUGUGCAUACCCUAUCGUAAGACACGGAAAGGAGAUGUGGAGGUGCGCAGGUUUGACGGACAGUCUUGGACGACGCUUCAAACCCAGACUAGGAGAGGCAGUGAGAGACACAGCUGCCGGCCGGGAGGUCGCCCAGCACGGUUAGCGUGCUGCAGUGUUACUCAGUUCUCGUGGUUUGUAGUCGUCUCUCGUCCUUUCCUGGACAUUUGCUCGGUGUCUCCAGUGGGGGCGAUGCUGGUGUCACAAUUUGACCCGGGAAUCAAACUUACCUUCCCUCCGGAGUGCACAGCAGAGACACGAACUGUUACACUACGGGUCCUGCAGGUGUUGCUGUCUGAGGUACGGGAUCUGACCGGAGACCCUCAGGCGAGUGCCAGUCCACUGCUCUGCCUCUCUCAAACUCCCAGCAUGCACUUCCUUCAGCCAAUCACAGUGCAGAUUCCUCUUCCACCUGGAGUCACUGGACACAUGGUGGACAUGUCCCGUCUGCACCUGAUGCACGGGGACCCUGCGGCUCACACCUGGACUGACAUCACCUCACAGGUGUCCCUCCACGUCACGCACAUCUAUGCCAUCUUCUCCAUCACACACUUCUCAUGGUACUGGCUGUGGUACACCACUCACAGAUGUGUAAGCGGGGUUGUCAGGAAGAUGUAUCACCGGUUGAAACAGUUCUGGGUUCGAUUCCUGGUGCUACAGAGGAAAACCGACCCAGCGCAGGUUCUGCUCCAGUGUCUGCCAUCUGACAAGGCUGAAAGCAGGUUGGUGUCUCUCUCUGAGCAAUAUGAAGGUCCUCAGCCAUCAGAGCUGUGUAUCCUGCUGGAGGGAGAGCAGUUCUUCGCCGGCUUUGAGAGAGGCAUAGACAUCAACGCGGAUCGUCCCGACUGCAAAGACGGCAGACUUUCCUUCACAUUUUACUCUCAUCUGAAGAACAUUAAAGAGGUGCACGUGUGCCCGGCCGCCUCGCAGCAAGGCACCGUCAGAGGGCAGGUCUCAUUUUACAGGGGUGAAGUGCCUGACGACCUUCCAGAGGAAGUGGCUUGUAAAAGGAAAGGUCACGACAACCAGUGGUUGGCCACACUUCCCCUCCGACUUUCUGGUGCAGACUGUGAAGGGAACAUCUGUGGUGAGCUGAACCUUGGCGACCCCGAGAGCGGUUAUCUCACAGAAACCAACCUGUUGUCCAUCUCCUUACGCAUCAACCAGGAGUGGCAGAACAUCGGCAUUAACCUGGGCAUGAGCUACGACCUGCUGGAGAGAAUCAGAAACCAGCACAGGGACAACUUUGGUGCCCAGGUAUCGGCGAUGCUCUAUCAUUGGGCGAGAGGGCAGCAGGGGGCGGGCCCUGGAGCAGUGCAGCGGCUAACGAAGGCCCUUGUAGACAGCGGUAGGCGGGACUUAGCGGAGGAAGUGGAGGACAUAGUGACUCUGGGAAAGAGGAAGUAUGAAGAGUCACUCAAGAGAGUCGGGCUGGAAGCUUCAACAGCAGUCACCGCAGAAACCAGCUGACAUGAGAUCGUGAGGAUGAUUCUGCGUCUCACUCACGUGGACCUGAGGUGUCCAACUUGUAAUAGGGCAAGAUCUACGAUUUUGUCUGUGCCAAUUGAGCCAAAAAUAUUAUAUGUGUUUUAGUAUAUAAACUGGAAUCUGUCAUGUUUCACCCCAAUGUGAAAAGUAUGAAAAAUGUUUUCCCUAAAGAAAAUUAAGCCUAUUUGUAGGGCCGUUAGGAAGUUUUGCAUUGUGAGAUUUUUGUCUUAAUGACAAAUGCAACAAACACCAACCCCAGCUCAUAUUUAACACAUCCAGAUGUUUCUUAAUAGUCCAAAAAAAAAACAUUUAUUGUAUGUAUUUAGAUAUGCAGAAUAUUAUUUCUUAAUUUAUUUUCUUAGAUUUUGGAGUGGAAUGCUUUUUUAAAAGGUUUUGUAAGAACACUGUGAAUCAAAUUGAAAUUAUAAAUUUUUUUAAAUAUAUAAAUAAACAAAUAAUUUGUAAAAAAUAUAAAUAUAUUUAUGUACAAGCAAUGUAUUUCCCUAUUUAAAGCUCAAGGUCAUCACGAUGACGCUAUCCAAGACGUCAUUGUUUUGACAGCAGAAUAAACGCUGAGCGCGCAGUAACGGGGAUGCGUCACCAGGCGGCGACACAAACAAGCGCUCCUCCCGUGCGCGUCGGGCUCCUGCUCCCUCCCUUUUCCUCCGCAGACACACGAACGGGUGUAACACCGGCAGUUUGAACUAUUAUCACGCUGUCACCGGAGUAGGAACAUCAGAUGAAGCCCUAACAAAGUCGUAUAACGGGGAUAAAUAAGCGGCAAUCCGGUCAGAAGAUAUCUAGGUAUUGUGAAUCUGUCUGUGCCUGUACCUGUUGGCUGGAGAACGUUCACCUCUGCCUCCUAUAAUGAAGAGGAGAGCAGAGCGAGAGAAAGAGCAGAAUUAAAUGUGGAAGCAGAGGUUUGCAGUCAGCAGAAAUCUCAGGAACAGGAAACGUGUCAGUGGAGUGCAGAAGG